AUGUGGAAUCUUGAUUGUGAUUGGUACUCUCCCAAGAGUCUUCUCAGCAGUCCCACCCAUUAUGAUUUUCCAGGUGAUCGGUUCAUACCCAACAGGAGUUUGAUGGAUCUUGAUCAAGCCCAGAGUUUUCUCACAAAUAGGACCAAAAAAAUUCAGAAUACACAAUUCAAUGAAGUGUAUAGGCAGAAAGUGGAUGAGAAACUGAACUUGAAUUCAGAAGGGAAGCCAUUUAGAAUGUUAGUCUUCAGGGGAAGUCCAAAAUCAAGUAGAAAAUCAAUUCGUCAUAUUGAUGAGAUGCGAGAGGAAGAGGCUGCAGCAUUUCAAAACAAUGGCAAUCAACAUCAUUAUCGUAAAAUGCCUAAGGGAGAAGCAAGGAUAUUGGAUGCGCCAAAUAUUAGAAAUGAUUUCUAUACAAACACUAUAGAUUGGGGGAAAAACAACCUUCUUGCUGUUGCUUUGGGCUCAGAAAUGUUCCUUUGGAACUCAGAGAACAAUAAUGUACUUAAGUUGUUUAAAGCCACUGAUAAUGAUUAUCCCACUAGUGUUUCCUGGUCAGAGGAUUCCAAAUCUGUGGCAAUAGGAUUUAUGCAUUCUAAACUUCAACUUAGGGAUUCUGAGACUUCCAUGCCAAUAAGAUCCCUUGAAGGUCAUGGUAAAAGAAUAGCAACCAUUGCAUGGAAUGGUCAUAUUUUAACUUCCGGAAGCCAUGACAAAUCUAUCAUCAAUCAUGAUGUUAGAGCAAGAACAAAUGUGAUUUCCCGGGUAAAAGCACACAAAGCAGAAGUUUGUGGUUUAAAAUGGUCGAGAAGGGGAAAUAUAUUGGCAAGUGGUGGCAACGAAAAUCAUAUUUAUAUAUGGGACUUAUCUAAAAUGAGUUCAUCCAAUUUCUUGCAUUGUUUUAAGGACCAUUGUGCUGCAGUGAAGGCCCUUGCUUGGUGCCCUUACGAUUCAAGUAUACUUGCUUCUGGAGGUGGCACAGAAGAUAGAUGUAUUAAGAUAUGGAAUGUACAGAAGGGAACCUGCAUUUCCAACAUAGAUACCAAUGCUCAGGUUUGUGGAUUAGAAUGGAAUAGACAUCACAAGGAGAUAUUAAGUGGACAUGGUUUUAGUACAAGUGCAAAUCACAACCAACUUUGUUUAUGGAAGUAUCCAUCCAUGGCUAAACUGGGAAGCGUGGACCGUCACGCUUCACGAGUCCUCCAUCUAUCUCAGAGCCCAGAUGGACUAACAGUGGUGUCAGCUGGGGCAGAUGAGACUCUUCGCUUUUGGGAUGUUUUUGGGCCACCUGUUGCUGAUACUUUAGAGACCUCAGAUUUGGAUAAACUUUUGUCUUUGAAGAUAUCCCCAAUAAGAUGAUGGA